AUGGAACUUAUGGAUGAUGGCCAGAGUGGUGGAGUUAAGAUUUCCUGCCCAAAACUGGUGGAUUUGGAGUUAAGAGGUCUUAUAGCAAAUAAUUUUUUCUUUAAAUGUCUUGACUCCUUAAGUAAAGCUGAGAUUGAGCCUAAAUUGACGAGGAACAUCAAAUCUGUGUUAUUUCCUGGAAUUUCUCAUGUGGAACACUUGUUGAUCGACCUUUACUUCUUUAGUCAGUGUCGAACUCUUUCUCCUCGAACUCUUUCCGCCACCACCACCUUUCGAAAAAUUAUAACACCAACCCCAUCACCUACCGGAAAAUCAAAAUGCGACCAUGAACACCAUCUUAACGUCACCCUUCUCCAGAGCUCCAUCUCCCAACGAACACCACAAUCCAACGUCGUCACGAACAAAUAUCUCCAGCAACAAACAAAUAUCUUUGAAGAAGAACAGUUCGCAAACCCUAAACUGGUGAAAGUGAGAGCGAGAUCCGACGAUUGGGCUAGUUACAUAUCUGAUGAAAGUGCGAGGCAACGACGACGGUAG